ACAUUAGAUUUAUUGCGUCAAUUAUUUUUGUUUACUGCUCCAUUCGCGUUCUUCAAGAAUUCUUGCGUUGUUUCUCUCUCCCUUGUGAGUCACAAGCAGAGGAGUCUUCUCAAUCUUGAAUCUUGUCUGACUGACUAUGAAUGAUACUCCAAAGAAAGUUAGCUGAAUUUGUUCUUAAGCGCGUCUUUCGCGCCCUCAAUUGCGAUGCCAAGGAUAUAACCUAUCUUUUCUUCGAGGGUUUCUUGGCUAUGGCGGAUGCACUGUCCGUGAUUCCAGCCGCGGUUCUGCGUAACCUCUCCGAUAAGCUCUACGAGAAGCGGAAAAUUGCAGCUCUCGAGGUGGAAGGGAUAGUGAAGCAGUUAGCUGUGGCAGGGGAUCAUGAUAAAAUCUCUGCGGUGAUCAAUUUACUGGCCAAUGAGUACACCUAUUCGCCUCAGACAAAUUAUCGGAAAGGAGGGUUGAUAGGAUUAGCGGCAGCUACUGUGGGAUUGGCUUCUGAAGCAGCGCAGCAUCUUGAUCAAAUUGUCCCACCAAUAUUGAAUUCCUUUGGUGAUCAAGAUAGCAGAGUUCGAUAUUAUGCCUGUGAAGCUCUGUACAACAUCGCAAAGGUGGUGAGAGGUGACUUCAUAGUGUUCUUCAAUAAGAUAUUUGAUUCGCUGUGUAAGCUCUCAGCAGAUUCUGAUGCCAAUGUCCAGAGUGCUGCCCAUCUUUUGGACAGGCUUGUAAAGGAUAUUGUCACUGAAAGUGAUCAAUUUAGCAUUGAAGAAUUUAUACCUUUAUUGAGGGAGCGAAUGAAUGUGUUAAACCCUUACGUCCGCCAGUUUUUGGUUGGAUGGAUUACUGUUCUUGAUAGCGUUCCUGAAAUUGACAUGCUAGGAUUUCUUCCUGAUUUUCUUGAUGGCUUGUUCAAUAUGCUAAGUGAUUCUAGCCGUGAGAUAAGGCAACAGGCUGAUUCAGCACUUUCUGAGUUUCUUCAAGAAAUAAAAAACUCUCCGACUGUUGAUUAUGGUCGUAUGGCUGAAAUACUGGUGCAAAGGGCAGCUUCACCCGAUGAGUUUACUCGCCUGACUGCUAUUACCUGGAUUAACGAGUUUGUGAAACUUGGUGGGGAGCAACUUGUUCCUCAUUAUGCUGACAUUCUUAGUGCGAUCCUCCCUUGCAUAUCCGACAAGGAAGAGAAAAUAAGAGUUGUUGCACGAGAAACAAAUGAAGAGCUGCGGGGAAUCCAAGCUGAUCCAGCUGAAGGAUUUGAUGUAGGGCCCAUCCUUUCUGUAGCCAGGAUGCACCUGUCCAGUGGAUGGGAGGGAACACGUAUUGAAGCAUUGCAUUGGAUAUCAACCCUAUUAGAUAGAUACCGGAUUCACGUUCUAUCAUAUUUGAGUGACAUUUUUGAAACUCUUUUAAAGUCGCUAUCUGAUCCUUCUGACGAGGUAGUGCUCCUGGUACUUGAGGUCCAUGCCUGUAUAGCCGAAGAUGAGCAGCAUUUUCAUCAGCUCAUCUUUGAAUUAGUUCAAAAUUUCUGUGCUGAUUACUCUCUCUUGAAGAAACGGGGUGCUUUGAUAAUCCGUAGACUAUGUGUGCUUUUAGAUGCUGAAACAGUUUAUAGGAAGCUUUCUUCUAUACUUCAGACAGAAUCUAACUUGGAAUUUGCAUCAACUAUGGUUGAGGCUUUGAAUUUGAUUUUGCUCACUUCGUAUGAGUUGGAUAACCUCCGGGAUCUCUUGAAAAGUUCCAUGUUCAAUGAUCACGGAAAAGACCUACUUCUUACUUUAUAUACAUCUUGGUGCCAUUCACCAAUGGCUAUUAUAAGCCUUUGCUUACUAGCUCAGGCUUACCAGCAUGCAAGUUCUGUCAUACAAUCAUUGGUUGAGGAGGAUAUUCACAUCAAAUUUUUAGUGCAACUGGAUAAAUUGAUCCACCUUCUGGAAGCUCCUACCUUUGUUUACCUUAGACUACAGCUCUUAGAUCCAGGAAGAUAUACAUGGUUGCUGAAAGCAUUGUAUGGACUUCUGAUGUUGCUUCCCCAGCAAAGUGUAGCAUUUAAGAUUCUCUGGACUCGAUUAAAGACUGUACCGCCCUACUCUUUAAGUGGCGAACAUGUCGAUCAUUUAUCAUCACAAGUUACUCGCUUAAACAUUAACAAUGUCAGAGGAUCAGAAAUUCUUGAGGACGGUGAAGACCAAAGGAAUCUACAUGAAGAGAUUAACUUUGCUUCAUGUCUGCAGCAGUUUGAGCGAGCUCAGGAGAUGCAUCGAGCGCAUUCCAGGUCUCGGGCUCUACGUCCCGCCAAUGUCUAAUACUUUUCUCCCAAUUAGCAGCUGAUGUAUAAAGAUUAAUAUAGAAAGUAGACGGUAGUAAUUUUCAUCCCGGCUAAAAUGCAACUCAUUUGGCAUCUAUCUGGAAGAAGGUUAAUUUCUUCUUCUCAUGAAUUUAACUGCAGACAGAAAAUCUGGAAACUCUCAACUUGAACAUGUGUAUGUAUAUAUUCCAUGCCGUAGAGAGUGCAUUUUAUUAAGGUUUGUUUCUUUA